AUGUUUACAUAUGCCGAGAAGUGGCUGGCGUGUGACGAUCCCAACGUUGAUUUACCGACUUCCUUUCCAUACAAAGACGAUUAUCGGUUCAGCUCUACUUGUCAUGACAAAGUAAGAAACUUCAGAACCGGACUUCAUGGUGAACCAACUCAUUUAUGGUCCCUAGACAGAUAUUUCUAAACUGUCCUUAACUUGUUAGAGAGGCUUCAAUUGCGAAGUGAACACUUGACACCUCAUGGAAAAACUUGACUCAAAGUUUUCUUUUAGGGUCAUGGCAGCAAGCAAGUAGUCGUCAUCGGGAACAGUCAUGGAAGAGCACUGAUUGACGGUCUGAAAUACUAUUUCCGAGAUAUUUACGACGACCUUUACGUCAUCUCACGGGAUCUUUGCACGCCUUUCAUGAGUCACACAAUGCCGGAACAUAGGGUAACCUGGUUUUCUAAGAUGAUUCUGGUUAUGUUCAGGAGGCCUGUCAGAAGUUUGAAGGGGUUUGGGAGCCUUUAUUGCAAAAUUGGGGCAACCCAAUAGACAUCAUCAUCGUUGGCCUGCAAUAUCUCCCGGAUUUGGACCCCAUAAUAGUGGAUUGGAAUAGUGACGAGUAUCUACAGGCCAUGGAAGAGUUUUACCGCAAAAUGAGCAGCAUUGCAAAAGAAAUCGUCUUCAUUCCAAUGGUGCACUUCAACUGGGAGUUGGAGCCGUUUAUGCAGAUUUUGCAGCAAAAACUGUAUUUCGGAAAAAGUUUAGAGAGGUUUCAUAAACAUUUCGAGGUAAACGAGUCGUAAAUAAGCAACUACAAAACUAAUUUAGAUUGAAGACAGCUACUUACGCAAUGUUCAAAGACGCUUGGAUCGAAUGAAAUGUAAAAAAUGCGUAAAGGUCAAUUACCGCGAGGCUUGGUGCCACAACAAUCUUUGUUCUGCACUUGACAGUAAGAACAUUUCAUACUUCAGAGAUACCACUCAUGUUACGCCUUAUGGAUCGUUAGUUUAUGGGGGAUUGUUGAGAAAAUUGUAUGAUCAAUAUGUGGGCUACGAAAUUGUAAAAUAA